AUGGUAGGUAGUUUAUACGAGAACAAAAAGUUAAUACAAGCACUAGGUUUGCAUGUGGAGAUGAUAGACUGUUGUAAAUAUAGAUGUAUGAUAUAUUGGAGGCGAGACAAAGAUCUUUAUCGAUGCAAAUUCUGCAAUGCAGAUAGGUACAAACGGUCAAAAAAUUUGGCUAGAUGUUCUCGCAUAUCCUUCAAGAAAAUGCAUUACUUUCCUUUGACUCCAAGGUUGAAGAGACUAUAUGCUUCACAAGCCACAGCCACUUCCAUGCGAUGGCACUCCGAGAAUCAUGCACAUGAUGUUGGAGUAAUGUGUCAUCCAUCCGAUUCAGAAGCUUGGAAGCACUUUGACAAAAGUCAUCCUUCAUUUGCAGCAGAAGUAUGUAACGUAAGAUUAGGCCUAAGUACAGAUGGGUUUGCACCACAUGGAGCAUAUGGAAAACAAUAUUCACAUUGGCCUAUUAUUCUAACACCUUAUAAUUUCCCACCUUCUAUGUGCAUGAAAGAGCCUUACAUGUUUUUGACCGCACUUGUGCCAGGACCGUCAAACCCUAAGCAUAAAAUAGAUGUAUUUUUGCAACCAGUUGUUGCAGAGUUGGAGCAAUUAUGGGAAGAUGGCGUAGUAACAUAUGAUAUAUCUGUAAAACAAAAUUUCCAUCUAAGAGCAGCUUUGAAGUGGACAAUAAGCGAUUUUCCAGCAUAUGCAAUCUUAUCUGGAUGGUCUACAGUAGGUAAUCACCCAUAUAGAAAGCAUAAAAAUAAGUUCAGGAAGAAUCCUCUAGUGAUAGAAGGUCAUCCUCCAAAUAAGAAUGUUGAACAAACUUUAAGGGAGAUUGAACAAUUGGGUUUGGUAAAAGUGACUGAACUAAAUGUUGAUGAUGUAAACAAAAGAUGUGGCGAUCAUGGUUGGAAAAAGAAAAACAUAUUUUGGGAUUUACCAUAUUGGAAAACAAACCUCAUUAGACAUAAUUUUGAUGUUAUGCAUAUUGUUAAAAAUGUAUUUGAAAACUUUUUUUACACUGUAAUGGAUGUCAAGGGGAAAAUGAAAGAUAAUGUAGUAGCCAGAAGAGAUCUGAAGCUCUAUUGUAGGAAGAGAAAAGGAGUCGAAGAUAAUGAAAGAGCAUACUACACUCUGGACAAGAAUCAAAAGAAAGUCAUAUGCCAAUGGGUGGAGAAAUUACGUUUCCCUGAUCAUGUUUCUAAUUUGGGGAGUUGUGUUGAUUUAACAGGCUGUAGACUGUUCGGAAUGAAAAUCCACGAUUGUCAUGUUUUUAUGCAAAGAUCGAUGCCAAUUGCAUUUCGGGAGAUGUUGCCACAACAAGUAUGGGAAGCAUUAGCAGAGUUGAGUAUUUUCUUCAAAACAUUAACAACAACAUUAAUCACAACAAAAGACAUGGGAAGGAUUGAAACUUAG